AUGGGCGAAUGCUCUGGCAGUGGACCAUUUGGGUACCCGGUUCCAAAAAAAAUUGAAGAAAUUGAGAUAGUGGUUCCUGAUAUGACAAACGGCAAAGAUGGGGAUUCUAACAAUAAAAAGUUUUAUAAAUAUGUGGUUUAUAAUCACACGUCUUGUCAAUGUGGCACCUUUAAAUACAGGAAUAGUAAACUGUAUAAAACCGUAGCUAAUAAAGAAGGUUAGUGCAAUGAACAUGUUUUUGUGAUUAACGUUUUUUCGUUCUUUAGAAAAUUUCUAAUAUAGUUUUAUUGUUAUAUUCAACCUAUCAUGAAUAUAGGCUGAUGUUCCUAAAACAUGUUCAUAUAUAUAUAGGAGUUAAAACUGCGAUACUGAAUAUCUAGGUGGGGGUAUUGUUACUUGGUGCGCUUGAAAACUCAUGUAAAGCGCGUUUUCCACCUGGUGAAUAACGUGAAUUUGUUCGCGCGAACCGGCGAAUUUGUCGGCAUCGCCCUUGCUGACCUGAUGAGCAAUGCUGAUAAAGCAACUGCGCGUGAACAAAUUCACCCGGUGGAAAACGGGCCGUGCUUGGUUCUCUCCCUUACAUGGAGGGAUUUUCUCCAGGAUCUCUACCCCGGGUUUUUGUCUCUCACAAAAAGCAACUAUUCCACCUUAGCUGCAUGCACUCCAUGGUGACAAACUAAGCGCAUCAGUGAGCCUUGGACUCAGUGAUGUUUUACGGCGCAAUACAGUCUAAUGUCUUUGUUAGGGCAUUGUUAAUUACUUGGUGCGCUUGAAAACUCGUAGUGUAAAGCGCGUUUUCCUGGCGCCUUUGUUCGCACGAAGCGUCUUUGUCUGCAUCACUCUUUCUGACGUGAUGAGCAAUGCUGACAAAGCAGCUGCGCGUGAACAAAUUCGCCCGGCGGAAAACGGGCUGUGCUUGGUUCUCAGUUCUCUCCUGUACAUGGAGAGAGAAAUUCUCCGGGAUCUCUGCCCUGGGUUUUCCUCUCCUACCAAAAAGCAACCAUUCCGCCUUAGCUGCACUUCAUGGCGAGAACCCGAGCCGCAUUAGUCAGCCUUCGAUUCAAUGACGUUUUACGUAAUCUUAGCUGCAAGGAAAGGUGGUUAUUACACCGUAACUUUAAUCCCUAUGAAUUUUUCUUGCAGUGUCAGAAGCUUAUUUCAAUGCGAACUAUACGAACAAUCCAGUCAAUCUGAUACGUGCGUGUAACGUUUGCAAUAGUGCUCAACCAAGGUAUAAACUCCAUCCAAACCGUGCCAGCGCUACCUCACCAUUUAAAUAUUUGCCGUACCAACAGUGCUUGCCUGGCUGCGUAGUGGUACAAGAUAAACCGUCUGAUAAGGAAACUGCGUUGUUGUCUGGUAAAAAUCCUAUUGUCCCGCUUACAACUGAUAUUUUAUGCAAGGCUUAUGACGGAGCUAAAACACAACAACAAGGUGAAAAUCAUUCACGGAAGUCCGAAAGCUCAUCCUUAGAAGCUUCAGUUGGAAACUCGAGCGAUCAAGGUAAGGAAUGAAGGGUCUGAUUUCUACUAGACACGAAUGAUACAUCUGGAUGAUUUUCGGAAAAGAAAAAACAGUUCGUCUGAUAAUUUAACUCCCGCCAAACACACCGAUUACCUGUCAAGACAAUCUUCACAGUUAUCGACCCAUACCAUCUUGCCUGUAUAAUCCAACUUGAUGAAUGAUUCUCUUGUUUGCUGUGUUUGUACACAGAUAAAUUAUCAGGCGAACUACAUUUCAGUCUUUUCCCAAGUUCGUUCAGACUGAUCAUCUUUAAUAAACUGAACUUCCAGGACAAUUUAUAAAUCUGAUCACUAGAAAUACGUUUUUCGGUUCUGUGGGCGGGUUCGAGGAAGCUUAAGAGAAGCGGGUCAUAUUGGGUAUUAGGGGGGGGGGGGGGGCAUAUUGGAGUGGGGUUAUUAGAGAGGGAAAUUUACUGUAUAGAGAGGGAACUUAGUAGCGAAGGGGAUUAUAAGAGAAGAGGCUCAUUGGGGAAGGGGCUUAUUAGAGAGGGAGCUUAUUAGCGAGAAGGGAUUGAUGGAGAGUGUGAGGAAUUACACAAUAGAGAAUUCGUGAAUUAACAGGAAUUCUUAUGUUUCUGUUUAGAGGCAAAUUAUGAGAUUCUAGUUUACAUUGCUUCAGGCAAAGUUAUCCUCGCCGCCUUUCUACUGUCGUUGGUAUUAUUUACUAUAUUAAUUAUGGACUUUACUCUUUGCCGUCGAAAGAAAGGAUUUCUCUACGCUUUGCUUGGCUGUAAAAGUGAUGACGCGGAUCAUUUUUGUGAACGUUGCAGCGAAAGAAAUAGAAAUGAGAUUACAGUGUAA